UUACGGUUUCGGUUAAUGGCCACCAGAAGGCGCCACCGUACUGCAUUAUUGUUUUUUUUAUCAACUCGCAAGAAAUUUCGUAAAAUUUGUCGGAAAAACCGCAAAAUCCGAGUGCUUAUGUUACGUUCCAUUAAAGUGCAUAUCAUAUAUAAGUAGUAUUAGUGACCCCGCACGCCCCCGCACUGCAACGAAACACGCGGAACGUCCUCCCUCCCCGCCACCAACGCGUAUAUUUUUGUUUUUCGACCCCUGGCCGCGCGUCCGUGGUGGAGUUUCCCCCAAAAAAGGUGCAGCAGCUUCGGCGAAGGAAACGCAAUUGGAAACAUUAUCGAUUUGACCGCGCGCGUGGCUAGCGUCCUGCUGCAAACUGAGGAGUCCCCCUCGUCCCACCCAUGGAGGUGUCCGCCGAUCCCUACGAGCAGAAGCUCUACCAGAUGUUCCGCAGCUGUGAGACGCAGUGCGGCCUCCUGGACGAGGGCUCGCUGCUGAAGCUGUGCUCGCUGCUGGAGUUGCGUGAUCAGGGCGCCGCUCUGAUCGCCAGUCUGGGCAGCAGCCACAAGCUGGGCGGCGGCGUGUCCUUUGGCCAGUUCAAGGAGGCGCUGUUGAACUUCCUGGGCUCCGAGCUGGACGCCAGCACGUCGUCGGGAUUUAUGGAGCGCUCGCUAGUGAUAACAGAUGAGCCGUUGGCCAGCACAUAUAUUGAGAGCCCGCCGGAAUCCUCUGACCGGGAGGUGUCACCGAAACUCGUGGUGGGCACCAAGAAGUAUGGCAGGAGAUCUAGGCCGCAUCAAGGAAUCUACGAGUUGUCGGUGACGGAUUCGGACAAUACGGAUGAGGAUCAGAUGCAGCAGAAGCAGCAGCAACAGCAACGUAGUCUCAACGGCAGCGAAGAGCUUGGAGCUCAGGUGCAGCGUUCCUCCUCCCAAAGCGAUAUCCACGGCAGUCGGCGUCUGCGUACCGUCCACACCAGUGGCAGCAAGCUCAAGCGUUGCGCCUCCCUGCCAGCCCGCCGGAAUUUACAAUCCAAAAUGCACAAUGUCUCAACGGGAGCUACGACAUCGCCGACGGCAGCCGCCAAGCUAAAACAGCUGUCCAUCCAGAGCCAGAAUCAGCAGAGCAGCAGUAUCGAGUCUCUGGGCCAUCACCUGGCCGCCACCGCAUCCGCACCGUCGCCCGAGCACCGGAGAUGCUACCACGGCGGCCGUUGGUUAUGUUGCAAAGACACCGUGACGCCGCAACAGCUGGAGACGAUCAGUGCGCACACCAUCAUCGAUGCCUGGGAGCUGGCCAGCAUUCUCAAUUGCCGAAACCUGCUGCGUAUCCUUGGUUUCGAUGAGGACGAAGAGGAGGUUAAUUUGCAGCAGCUGACCAAGGCUUUGGAGGAAGAGCUGCGCGGUCUCGAUGAUGACCAAGAGCAGUCGAAUAUGCUAAGAGCUUUGGCUGCCCUGCAGGCCACCGAAUUGGGUAAUUAUCGCCUUGCCUUCCGCCAGCAGCACGAGGAGAAUGUGAAGCUGAGGGCGGACAACAAGGCGGCGAACCAAAGGGUGGCCCUGCUGGCCGUUGAGGUGGAUGAGCGGCAUGCCUCGCUGGAGGAUAACUCCAAGCAGCAGGUUCAACAGCUGGAGCAGCGGCAUGCCAGCAUGGUAAGGGAAAUGACCCUGCGGAUGAGCAAUGAUCGCGAUCAUUGGACCAGCAUGACGGCCAAGCUAGAGGCGCAGAUCAAGACCCUGGAGCAGGAGGAGAUUCGCCUUAAAACGGAACUCGAACUGGUGCGCACUGAGAACACGGAGCUGGAAACAGAGCAGCAGAAGGCGCAUGUCCAGCUCACGGAGCUGCUCGAGCAGAACAUCAAGCUUAACCAGGAGCUGGCCCAUAGGUCGAGCAGCACUAGCAUCAGCGGUGUCACUCCCGAGCACAGUCCCUUGAGCCCGCGGAGGCACAGUGAGGACAAGGAGGAGGAGCUGCUGCAGCUCAUGGAGAAGCUGGCAGCUCUCCAAAUGGAGAAUGCCCAGCUCCGCGACAAGACUGAUGAGCUGACCAUUGAAAUCGAGAGCUUAAAUGUAGAACUAAUCCGUUCGAAAUCCAAGGGCAAAAAGCAAGAGAAGCAAGAAGACCAGGAGGCGGCUGCCACGGCCACCAAGCGGCGUGGCGACUCACCCAGCAAAACGCAUCUCACGGAGGAGAGUCCGCGGCUGGGCAAGCAGCGAAAGUGCACUGAAGGAGAGCAGAGUGAUGCCAGCAACAGCGGCGACUGGUUGGCUCUCAAUUCGGAGCUCCAGCGAAGUCAAAGUCAGGAUGAGGAGCUAACCAGCCUGCGGCAGAGGGUGGCUGAUCUGGAAAAGGAACUUCAAGCCGCCAAGGAAGGUAGAUCCCUCACACCCGAAGGUCGCUCCAAGGAACUGGAGGCCAGCCUCGAGCAAAUGCAGCGCGCCUACGAGGAUUGCGAGGACUAUUGGCAAUCGAAGCUUAGUGAAGAGCGGCAAAUGUUCGAGAAAGAGCGCCAAAUCUACGAGGAUGAGCAGCAAGAGAGCGACAAGAAGUUCACCGAGCUGAUGGAGAAGGUGCGGGAGUACGAGGAGCAGUUCAGCAAGGACGGCCGACUCUCGCCCAUCGACGAGCGUGAUAUGUUGGAGCAGCAGUACGUGGAACUGGAGGCGGAAGCCGCCCAACUGCGCUCCAACUCCAUGCAAAUGCUCGAGGAGAAGUCGCAGGAGAUCAUUGGCCUGCAGUCAGAGAUCGAGGAUCUGCGUCAACGGCUGGGUGAGAGCGUGGAGAUUCUCACCGGCGCCAGUGAACUCACGCCGGAAUCGGUGGCUCAACUAAGUGCCGAGGCGGGCAAGAGUCCGGCCAGUUCGCCCAUUAGCUACCUCUGGCUGCAGAGCACCAUCCAGGAGCCGGUGAAGUCCUUUGCCGGCACUGGGGACGAAGCCGCUGCCAGUGCCAUCGAACUGCUGAGUGCUGGCGGUGGCGGCUCACCAUCGCACAAGGCUACCAGCCGCAACAACCUUACCACCUCGGAAACAUCCAUCUUUAGUACCACACCCUUCGAUAGCUCUCACUCGGGUGGUGGUCCAUCGCCCACAAAUAGUGACACCACAAACGCUUCAUCAGCCGCACCAACAGGUCCUGCGCCCAUCAGCAAACCCAAGCGACGGGCGCAGAGUCCGCAGCAGGCGCAAUCCGAGGGAGAGAUUGCCGACUGUGAGACCUCGUCGACGGCUUCCAACAAGAGCUUCGAUACCCACAGUCAGGUGUCCAUUAGCAAAACGUCUUGCCUUAGCCACGAAAAGUGCACCAGUCCCAAUGCCCUGAAGGAGGAGCUGAAGCGCCUCAAGUUCUUCGAGUUGUCCCUCAAGGAGCAGAUCAAGGAUUUGAGCCUGCAACGUGACGGUUUGGUCAUGGAACUGCAACAGUUGCAGGAGGCGCGACCUGUGCUCGAAAAGGCCUAUGCGCGAACAACGCAUCCAACACUUCAGCAGCGACUGAAUCAACUGGAGCUGCGGAAUCGCCAUCUGCAGAAUGUUAUCAAGCAGCAGCAGCAGUACACCGAGUCCCUGAUGCAGCAAUCCUGGAGGCAGCAUCAAGUGGAGCUCAACGAACUGCAUGGCCGGAUCGAAACCCAGGGCGUCAUGCUAGCCGAUCAAACGCAGCGCUUACAGAAUGCCGACAUACUUGUCAAAGAUCUGUAUGUGGAGAACUCUCAUCUAACUGCCACUGUGCAGCGGCUGGAGCAGCAGCGGGCAAGGGUGAACCUCAUACACCAGCAGCAGCAACAGCAGCAGCAGCAGCACAGGCUCGUGGGAGCCGCCAGCUUGGGCGGAAUGCCCGGCAUGCCUUAGUAACACAACUAUAUAGUUUAUAGAACUAGAAAAAAAAGAUGAAAAAGACAACAAAACCUGAGGAGAAAGGGUGCUCAGCAUCGUCGGCAGACAUCGAUAUCGUUAUGAAUGUUAGACACACUCGGUAGAAUAAGUUAUGUAUUCGUACGUGGCGUUUUUUGUAAAUGAAUGUGAAAUCCAUGUUGUGCACCAAGAGUUAAGCAGGAAGAAAUAUCGAAGUUUUCGAUGUUUUGCUAGGUAAAUAUCGAUUUUAUCGGCCUUAAACAUCGAUGUUCUUCAAGCUCUAACCGAGACACCGCAUCAACAAUAAUUAAAGUGACUUGGACCCUUAACGUUAACUUUAAACUAAACUUUAAACCUUAAACUGAAAAUGAAACUUAAACCUAAACUCACCCACGCGCAAAGAGGAACAAUCCACACACUCGGUAACUUGGUAAUCGGCUAACUAAACUGAUCUGAACUAUUUACAUGCUGAUAUGCAUGCACUGCAAUGUUGACCUUACUACAUUAAUUGACUACCGAAAAAUAGUUAACGUAUAUAUUUAAUUAAAUUAGAAGAAGCAGUAUUUUAAAUUUGUUAUGCGUCUGAGUGUAGGCGGAGCGCGUUUAUCAAUGUUUAUAUAUCACGUGCCCAUAACCAAAUGCAUCGGAAUUGUUGUUAAUAUUAUUGGUAGAAAACAAAGGAAAACCAAGCGAAAUUAAGAGGAAUGAUCUAUUAUAUGAUAUUGAUGAUAUAUACUAUAUAUUAUUAUGUAACGACAAAAGACCUGUAAAAAACACACACGUAUCUAUGUAUUUAAAUUGCGAUUUAAGUUAGCCAAUACUCUCUCCCAAAAACGCUUUUGUUAAACCCUUUUCCUCCGCCCAAAAACUAACACUCGAUUUAAAAAAAAAUGAUGUACAACAACCUCAAUUUAGUUAUAAAGCUACUCGAUCUCUCACACUCGCUGUGUGUUGGGACUUUCAGUGCUUAACCAAUCUUCGAUCAAAAUAGUUUACUUUUUAAAAGUAUAAAGAAAAAAUAUUUAACAAAAAAAUAUAAAACCAAAUAUACAAUUAAAAAAAACUACCAAAA